CUAUCUAUCUCUUUCACCAUUUGUUUUCUCUAUCUAACCUUGAAAACCAAAAACCAAACACUUCAAACUUAAUUCUUUUACUCCUCUUUAUAUAUGAUAUGAACACCAUUUUCCUUUUACCUCAAUAAUAAUAAUAAUAAUAAUCUCAAGUCACAUAAAAAUGACACAGUUUCAGUGUAUUCUUUCUGGUGGAAAAGAUGAAGGUGGUAACAAGACUGUUGUUGUUGGAGUUAAGUUGGAUGGUGCAAGUAGAGAACUAUUAACAUGGGCUCUUGUUAAAGUUGCUCAGCCUGGUGAUCUUGUCCUUGCUCUUCAUGUUCUUAAUAAUAAUGAAAUUGUAGAUCGUGAUGGGAAAUCUUCACUGUUAUCGUUGGUCAAAGCAUUUGACUCAGUUCUUGAAGUUUAUGAAGGCUUCUGUAAUCUCAAACAGGUGGAUCUUAAGCUAAAGAUCUGCAGAGGUACAUCGGUCAGAAAAAUUAUUGUUCGUGAGGCGAAUUCUUACUUAGCAACAGAUGUUAUAGUCGGGGCUGCUAAUCAUACAAUUCGAUCAUCAGCUUCAGUUGCAAAGUACUGUGCUAGAAAGUUGCCAAAAGAUUGCUCAGUAUUGGCUGUUAAUAAUGGAAAAAUUGUUUUUCAAAGAGAGGCCUUGUUAGCAUCGUAUGCCAGUUCAAAAGAACUUGAGCAUCACAAUGGGAAUCGUUUGCUUAGUGUAAUUCAGCGGACACUGACUAAUAAGAACUCUAAAGUAUUAAAUGACAGCACUGGGCUGAGGCCAACAAAUUCCUGCAGGCAAGUUGGUUAUCAGACUCUAGGUGAGGCAUUACUGAAAGCUGCUUCUGAAUCAUCAAGAGGGAAUUCCCUUAAACAGAAUUGUUCAGUUUGUUCACCCGACUGUCCGUUGCCUGAUAAUUCUUGUACUCAAGUACACGAAGAGACUUCAGACAAUAACAGUGAUGAUAAUUCAAUGGCGAUAGUACCCGUGCAAAGGCAGGAGUCAGGAUCUAGUUCAAUUACAUUGCUGAAAAAGGAUUUGCCUGAAGUGAGACCUGGUUGGCCAUUGCUUCACCGAGCUAUAUUAUCAAAUCAACAAGCUGCAGAGACUUUAUCAAUAAGGAAACUCUCUGUUGUUCAGUGGGCACUGUGCCUGCCAAGUAGACAUCUCUUGUGCAUGGAGGACGAUGCAGACAAGAAAAAUCUACGCUCUGAUGAUGAUGAAAGUCGUCAAGCUCCUGCACUAGAUGAAGAAAGUGGCGCAAUUGUUCCUGUCAAUCACGUGACAACGUCCUCUAAAUCCUCUCCAGACAAUUCACCAAGAACCUUACCAAGAGAACUAGAGGGACUUCAUGAGAAGUACUCUGCAAUGUGUAGAUUGUUCAAAUUCCAGGAACUUUUCUUGGCAACCUUGAGCUUUUCCUCAGAGAACAUUAUUGGUAAAGGAGGAAGUAGUCAGGUUUUCAAAGGCUGCCUUCCUGAUGGAAAGGAACUUGCUGUGAAGAUCUUAAAACAAUCCGAAGAUGCAGUGCGAGAGUUUGUUUUGGAAAUUGAGAUUAUUACUGCUUUGAGUCACAAAAACAUAAUUUCCCUAUUUGGAUUCUGUUUUGAGGACAACAACCUUCUCCUUGUAUAUGAUUUUCUAUCAAGGGGAAGCCUUGAAGAGAACCUACAUGGUAAUAAGAAGGAUCCUCUGAUGUUUGGGUGGAAAGAAAGAUACAAUGUCGCUAUUGGAGUUGCUGAGGCACUAGAAUAUCUUCAUGGCAGAGAUUCUCAAUCAGUGAUCCAUUGUGAUGUAAAAUCGUCAAAUAUAUUACUAUCUGAUGAUUUUGAGCCACAGCUCUCUGACUUUGGACUUGCUAAAUGGGCAACCGCCACCUCAUCUCAUAUUACAUGCACUGAUGUAGCUGGAACUUUCGGUUACUUGGCUCCUGAAUAUUUCAUGUAUGGGAAGGUUAAUGACAAGAUUGAUGUUUAUGCAUUUGGAGUAGUACUUCUUGAGCUUCUUUCAGGAAGAAAACCCAUAAGUAACAAUUGUCCAAAGGGUCAAGAGAGCCUUGUUAUUUGGGCAAAGCCAAUUGUAACUUGUGGGAAGUAUGCCCAAUUACUAGACCCUCAGUUGAGUUCUGAUUAUGAUCGUGAACAAGUAGAAAGGAUGGUACUUGCUGCUGCCCUUUGUAUCAGACGUGCUCCACGAGCUCGACCACAAAUGAGCAUCGUUUCAAAGCUUCUCAAAGGUGAUGCUGAAACAACCAAGUGGGCAAGGUUACAAGUCAAUGGUUCAGAAGGAUCCGACACAAUGCUACCGACAAAUGCCAUGGAAGGGGCCGAUAUGUUAGAAGAUGACACUUUCUCACAUUCUAAUCUCCGGUCACACCUUAACCUUGCAUUACUCGGUGUUGAAGAGGAUUCUCUCUCAAUAAGCAGUAUUGAGCAUAAUGUUUCGUUGGAGGACUAUUUGCGAGGGAGGUGGAGCCGCUCAUCAAGCUUUGACUAACCAAACUCGUUCCGUUUAUGAUUCUUGUGUAUACUUCUUUCAUUUUUACUCACCACCUUCAACUAGAGGGUCGGUCGUGGUUAUUUGGUGGGUUUUGGAUGAGAGGUUGUUAUGGUGUGCCCUCCUCCUCCCCUUUUAAUCAUAACUAGAUAGUAACAUUUUGA